UGUAUAUUCGCACUGAUAAAAAAUACUUCGUUAAGAACGAUUUAUAUAAAUUUAUAUCAGUAAUUAAAAUGUUUUUAAAAGAUAAUACAGUCGUAUAAAAACGUUUUGUCUUAUAUGUCUAACUAUUGUGCAGUAGGUACAAACAUACUGAGAAUUUAAAUUUGGAAUAAAAUACCGAAAAUGUGUGCUUUAAAAAUUUUAACUAUUUUCUUAUUAUUGAGUGUGUUAAGGGUAAAUACCAUGGCCAUAAAAGGCUCGCCUUUAACAAGAUACGACCCUUGCGGUUUGGGGGUUAUACAUUUUGAUAAAGUAACUGAGAAGUUUUGGCAGGCAGUGGUCAAUUUAGGUUUGUACUUUAAUUUGAAGAGCAAUGUCACAUUUGAAGUGGAAUUCGAGAAGAAAGUUGAAAUUCAUGGGGCCACCAUAAAUAGUCAGGUUGUGGCUAGAAACGACUCUUACGAUUUUGAGUUCAGGAUUAGCGAACCGGUCCCUUAUCGUUACGUGUUCUUUGUCAACUUGGGAGAAAAUGAAACAGAUGUACCGUAUGUGAAGAAGUUCUCUUUGAAUGGCUAUGUGAUGUGUAAUGAUACAAUUAAGGCCUCGCAAACCGUGGAGUCUUUAAACUUGACAAAGGAUAGUAAACGGUAUAGACAUGUUUGCGGGAGACGGUCUUUGGAUCACACAGAACUGACUACGGUGAGGACAGAAGCCCAGGCUGGGGAUUGGCCGUGGCAUGUGGCUAUUUUGGUCAGGAUUAAGAACUCCACAUCCGACACAAGAUACGAAUGCGGUGGCAAUAUUAUUUCUAGAAAUGCUAUUGUUACAGCUGGACACUGCGUAUUUGAAGCUGGUAAGCUUUUAGAUGCAGACAGAAUUGUCAUUAUGGCUGGUAUCAGCAACUAUUCAGAUGAAACACAACCUGGAAGACAAAUUUUCUAUGCUGAGAAAAUAAUUCUGCAUCCCAACUACUCUGUGAAAGAGGCGACAGCAGAUCUAGCCGUGAUAAAAGUCAACAAGAUGGAGUUUACAGAAUACAUACAACCAAUCUGUAUUUGGGGACCGGUUUAUGACAAAACCGAUCUUUACGGCUACCAACCCACGAUAGUAGGAUUCGGUACUACGGAAGCUGAUAAACUGACGGACGUGUUAAGGUCUACCUACACGAUGGUGCAAAACGACUCGACCUGUCUCAAUUUUGACGAAGUUCUGUACAAGCCUUUGUUGAACGAGUUCACAUUCUGUGUUGGAUAUGGGCCUGAUGCAGGUAUAAACCCUCGCAACGGAGACAGUGGUGGAGGACUAGUAGUUCCAACCAUUCAGAAUGACCAUAGGAUCAGUUGGUUUCUCCGAGGUGUCCUUUCCAAGUGUGGGGUGACCAUUGGCCAGUCUUUAUGUAACCCUCGGUACUAUACAGUUUACACUGACGUAGGGCCUCACUACGCCUGGUUGCUACAUCACGCUGGUCUUCAAUAUACGAAUCAUAUCACUCUGUGAUCUCAAAGUUAUUUUUACUUAACGCAUUAGUAGUAAAUACGCAUCAUAUUAUAUAGUGUGUUAGAAACAUCGUAACGAAUACUGAAGGUGAUAAUUAAGCCCAUGGCCUCCGUGGUCCAGUGGUUGAGCGUUGGGCUCACGAUCCGGAGGCCCCGGGUUCGAAUCCCGGUGGGGACAUAUCACAAAAAUCACUUUGUGAUCCCUAGUUUGGUUAGGGCAUUACAGGCUGAUCACCUGAUUGUCCGAAAGUAAGAUGAUCCGUGCUUCGGAAGGCACGUUAAGACGUUGGUUUCGGUUACUGCUUACUGAUGUAAGUGAGUAAUCGUUACAUGAGCCUUGUCAGGGGUCUUUGGCGGCUCAAUAAUAACCGUGGUAUUCCACCUCACAACCCACACGAUAAGAAAGAAGAUUAAGCCCAUGAUUCUGAGUUAAUAUCAAGUGGAAUUUUCCGUCGCAAAAGUAUGGUAGGUACUCAGAAUCAUAGUCUGAACCAUCUUUCUAAGUUUUCGUUGCGAUGUCACUAAUACCCUGUAUAUAUACAAUAGUCAUAGAAAUCGAUGUAUUUAUAGAUUUUAAGUAGAAAAAUUGUAAACAAAUAGGUAACGUCUACUAAGAUAAUAUUAUGAUGAAUUUAUUUCUACCAAUUUUGUGAUACUCGUAGCAUUAAAUUAAAGACAAAAGAUUGUCACAAAAUGUUAAUGAAAUAACAAAUUAAGAUGAUGUGGGUUGGUUUCAAAACAAAUAUAAUUUAAAAAAUACAUAAUUAUUUUUCUCUCGUGUGGAUUGUGAGAACAAUGACCGAGCUAAACAACUCAAGUUCAGGGUUACUGUUCAGCCUAAGUUAAGUAAAUAAUAGUAGUAGUAAGCAGUAGCUAGCUAGAUAGUAGCUUAAUUAAACACUUAUUAUUGUACACCCCUGAUAGAGGCUAAUGUAUUCUCAUGUACGCCUAUGAACGCAAUGGGGUACAUAACUGCCCAUUUCUCCCACCAGGUGUCGCUACUCUUGAGUAUUCUUAAAUUUUGACACUUCCCCACACUAUAUGAGUAAACAAAUAUAUUGUUUUGUUUAUAUUUUCACACUAUACGCCUUUGCGCAGCGUUUACGCAUUUUUAUCACUACGCAUUGCGAGGCGUCAAACUGCAAAAUCAUAGUAUUAUAUUAAUUCCCUAAAGAUCGGAAAGAAGAAAACUUAGUGAAACUUAUUUUCAAUCAAAACUGUCUUUUUCCAACUGGUCGCUUUUUCGUAACUCAUUCUUCAGACGGGAUACAUUACACGUUGCUCUACAUUUUACAGCAAUUUAUCACAAAUUUUAGCUGGAUAGUAUGGAGAACUGUCAAAAAUUAGGAACACUCAAUAGUGCUGUUGAGCUUCUAGAUUUUAUCGUCAUUGAUUUAAAUUGUAAAAUCAUAACAAAUAGGUGCUUACAAUAUAGUCAUCGUGGAUUUAGAAACGAGGCGUCAAAAUGUACAUUACCUAAUUGGCUGUCCUAGGUACCUAGCCCGGUGACAGAUAGUGACAGUGAUAAACAUGUAUGGAAUGGACACGAUGACAUUAAGGUGGCAUGUGAAUCUCAUAUAUUUUUAUCAUCGUGACUGCCUAUUGUCAUAAAUGUUUGCAACGUAUCCAAGACCCGAGACACCGCAUUUCUUUUGUUUUGUUCAACAGUAUUUUAUCAACGUAUGAAAUAAAUAUUUUUUGGUGCCAUCUGAAAAUGAAGUGCAAAUAACAUUAACUUGGUGAAUUAUACGAGUACGUAUGAAAUACUCGUAUUAAUAUCCGAAUGUUU